GGUUAAGGUAAGUGAUAGAUUAGUUCAGGGGCAGUUAUUAAUUCAUUUUGGAUACCUCUGCAAAUAACACUUCAAAGGUGAGGUCAACACGGUUACUAUUUCAAACAUUUUUAACGGUCAGCUCUCGGCGGGUAGGGAUUUCUGGCUUCCAGCUCAAAGUCAGGACUGCCACAUAUCAACCCACUCUGACUCCCACAACCUUACUUUACACCUCACUGCAUAAGGUCACACUAAUAAACAAGGGCUGAACUGUGACAUACAGAAUCCCUCAGGAGCAACACUUGGCUCGUGGAGAGAAAUAGACGAUAAGCUCUGAUUUCUACAUUUCUCUUACAAGCCUUUCUCUCGCAGGUCAAACUUUAUGUGCAUAGAGUCCUAAUCACCCGUUAAAAAGGGCAAAAGCCGUUACCAUCCAAGAUUCAGAAGGUCACCAGGAUCUGUGGCCUCCUCCUCCUCACACAGACCUGUGAGUGUGUGCAGCAGGUGUGAAAAGGAGCCGGUGGUGUAUCGAAUAACCUUUUGACAAGUUGCUCAACAACAACAGGCCCUCCCUGUUAUUGUUGGGUCAACAAAGUCGAAGGAAUUCUUUGGGAUUAGAGUGGAGUGGAGAACAUGAGUGUGAGUGCCAUGUGCUCGCUGUGUGUCGACCCGAGACCCUUCUCUUUGUCUUACGGCAGUGUCGGGGUUAACUCCUCUUUUGCUCCCAGGCUGGCCCGGGGUCAGGGGGGAAACAGGCAGCCAGUCAGGCAGCCAGGCAUUCUUUCUAUCUGUGUGUGUGUGUGUGUGUGUGUGUGUGUGUGGCUGCAGCCCACUCUGUGCUCUUUGACUCCGUUGGCCUUAUAAGGCAUCCAGCGCCAUGGCAACGGCAGGGCUUGAAUAGCAGUGUCAAAUCCCUGAGCACACACACAGACACACGCUCACUCUCCCUAAAGGAGGGAGCGAAGCAGAGACACAGAGAGGGGACUGAGAGGAGCAGAAGAGGAGCAGGAGAGGAGGAUAUCUCUGGACUGCUCUCCGCUGCAGCGCCUGGCUUCACUAAAAAAGCUCUGUGACUGUGUUUUUCCUGCGCUUGUUUGCCUAAUUUAUUCCGGACGGGGCCGACAGAAAGAAAGACAGAGAAGAGAAGAAAAAAAAAAAAGUGGACGGGCAGAGAGAGUAGUAAAGAGUGCAACAGUACACCCUGACUUACUGACAGGGAAUGCAAAAGAGGUUCUGGCCUCUGGUUGUUACUGCUGGAUGGACAAGCACUGAAAAAACAAGGGAGGAAGAGGGAGAGACAACACUGCUGAGAGAGGAAGCCAAACUGCAAAUAAGGUCAUUUUGCAAGUCUGGUUUUGUUUUGGGUUGUUGUUUUUGCCUGUGACAUUUGAGCCUCUUGACACAAGGGAGUCAAGGAAACAUCAUUUUUCCACAGACGCAGAGGAGGAGGACUUUUUGAAGAGCCGAGGACCACAGGAACAGAGGGGCAGGGGCUUCUCAUAUCAAUAUCAAUCUUGGAAACAGGAGCUUUUCCUGCUGUUAAUAGAGCAUAAAAUAUCCCUUGGCUGAAUUGUUAAAGCUGAAGUAGAACAGGGAUUCCUGUCAGGAAAUCAAAGACAGAAGCAAAACCAACUUUCCCCAAACUCCUCUGAAGUUUCUUCUUUUUUCUGCUGGAACCAAAUGAAUGAGUUUUUCUCUACGGGCAAACUGUAUUUUUCCUCUUCAUCACUAUCACCUCUGCGCCUAUAACAGCUACAACAAGUCAAGAGUGAGUCUGGACUAGAACUGCCUCAGAUCAGCAGAUAACACCUCAGCACGGCAGGAACUGGUUGGACUAGUUUAGAAGUUGGAGGAGAGGGCAGGGCAGUUUAACCCUGCGUGAAGGAGAGCUGUGUUUUAUUUUCCUCCCACUCGCUUGUCCUUCUGGGAGAAAGUUGAGCACUGACAGAGGGGCAGAGCUUCCCUUUCUUUUGGCUUGGAUUCUGUUUGGUCACUAUGCUCAGGGAUAGGUGAGGUGUUUUCCCCCUUACUUUUUUUUUCUGCUUCUUCCAAGGGGGGGAGAGAGAAAGUGAGAGGGAGGGAGAAAGAGAGAGAAGGAGUCAAAGUGUAAUUUAUAGUUUCCUGAGAAAAGAGCAAGGCUGCACCCUUUUCUUCUGCCUGAACUCUGAACCGCUCAAUGUGUGUCUGGAGUUUUUCUCAGAACUCGGGGGCCAUUGAUCGGAGGUCAGGACAGAGAGAACACGAGGGUGAAAGACAAGAACAGAGAGAGCUGAGGGAUUAAAGACGAGAGAGAGAGAGAAAACAACACUGCCAAGGACCUCCAGGUCAUUACAACCAGACGGCAAAGGGGAGAAAGGUCAACACAAGAGAGCACGGGACAACUUUUUAUCCAGCUUUUGAUUCUUCUCGGACAAAGACCCGCCUUCACAAAGAUCCUGGAGCGGCUGUUUUCUUGUCUAGAGACAAUUUAUCAGACUUUGAGUGUAGUUUGAAGCUGGGGGACAGGGCGGGUCUGUGUAUGAUCCACUCUCAGGGCUGCGUGUCUCAGAGAAUAUGGCCAUGGUGAGCGGGGGAUGGGGCAACCCCAACGGGGACACUAAUGGACUGGGGGAGAAAGCUUACCUGAGGAGGGAGGAAGAGGAGGGCUCACCUCAGGCAGGAAGCAGCGAUGUGGACGUCGGGGACGAGGACAAGGCCUGUGUGGUGGACUGUGUGGUGUGCGGGGACAAGUCCAGCGGGAAGCACUAUGGCGUGUUCACUUGCGAGGGCUGCAAGAGUUUUUUCAAGAGGAGCAUCAGGAGAAACCUCAACUAUUCCUGCAGGUAGGAGCUUCUGAUUUAAGCCGCAAAUCCGCACAGAGUCUUCAAACAGAUGUACAUGGAGAUGCAUCUUUUUAUUUGACCUGCUGGACGACUUUUUAUAUAUUCUAGUCUAACUUUAUGUUUUUAUUUGCUGAAAAGACAGUGCAGUGUUAGAACUGUAGCUUUCCAUUAUUUUCACGUCUCCUGUGGGCACCAAAAAUAGUUUGAAUUCAGAUAUUGGAUGAAACUAUAACAGAAAACCGUUUACAGUUUUCUUGAGUUUGCUCUUUUUCUAUAACUGUAUAUAAAGGUGAACCGUGUAUCCACACCACCUCCGUUGAACAAAGUGGAGCCAUAAUUUUCCCUGUGAUGGGUGCAGAAAAGGCUGCAAGUUUGAGGGCCAGAGUCGACCUCCUACUGACCUCCUUUGACUGAAUUAAACACAUUUAACAUCUCAAUAAAGUCACAAACAGCCCCCUGUCAUACAGUCCAAAUUGAAACAGCCUCUUGUGUUAGUGUGACACUUGUGGUUAUGAAUAUUCAAGCAUAUAAUUACUCUUGUGUCGCUUUUUGUUAUGUUCCCUCCUUUAGUUUGCCAAUCUGUGCUGCAGAAGCUGCAUUUGUCAACAGAUCUGUAAAUCAGUGCAUCAUUCAACUUUUUAUACUCUUAAACAACAAAUAAAAACGUAACUUCUUGAAAAUCUAACACUUGCGCAUAAAUCUGUGUGAUCAAAGCUAACAUUAAAGACAGGAACUAUGUCUGGGAACAUUGAUUUGUCAUGCAUUUUCAUUUUAAAGAGACCAAAGUCCCAUCCGUUAACAUGGAGGAGGUGGGCUUUAUGACCUACACUGCAGCCAGUCAGCAGGGGGAGCUCUGACUCCUCUAGCCUAAUCUUUGGGAGGAUUUCAUCUCUGUAAUAAAAUCUGCGACUGUCCACAUAUACUGCGCUUAAACCAACACAGUAAACACACUGAACUACAUGUAACUGUUUCAAUCUCUGUAUGAAAUAUCCACAAUGUCCCACAGUGAAUAAAGCCAUUCUGUUAUCAUCCACAUUCAUCAGGAGAGAGCAGAUUAGUCUGUGUCUAUCUUCAGAAUAACAUGUUCUAACCUUGGAUACAUCUCACAAACAGCUCCAGCAAAAAAAAAAGAAAGAAAUGAAAGCCCCGAAGGUCAAUCAUGUGAGGAUGAAUUGCCUCAGAAGGUCAACAUAACCAUUAUUCUUCACCACAGGAACACAAUGUUGCAACUCAACCUUCUUCCCUCGCUGAGACUGCCCUCUGUCCCUGAAUAUACUUAUUCCUCACAUCUAAUAAUGCGACAGCGCUGAGUAGAAAGAUGUUUUGUUAUUCAGUUUUUUUUCACGUGAGGGGCUGAAAAAAGGCUCCCUGCCAAACAUUGGGAGACCUUGUCCUGCUGUAAACCACAACAAGAGGGCGUGUAGGGCCGAUGAUUUACAAAGGUCACAGCCUUGAUAGCCUUUCAGCCAUGCCGGCUCGCACAGUUCACUCAUCACAGGGGUAAGCGAGGGGGGGACAAAGACGUCAGUGCAAACUUCACUUCCUCAUUGGAAACUUGCAUAACAGUCAAAGCUUUCCAAAGUGAUUCUCAUCUUUGUUUUAGGAAAUGUCUGUAAAUUUCAAAAGCUACAAGCUCUUCAAGUUGGAUAAUUCUACUUUUUCAUUCCCUUUUUUCCCUACUCUACUUUUCUCUCUUUCUACAGAUCAAAUCGAGAAUGCCAAAUCGAUCAGCAUCACCGCAACCAGUGCCAAUACUGUCGUCUGAAGAAAUGUUUCCGCGUUGGAAUGCGCAAAGAAGGUAACAAAGCUACUGAACGUACACAGCGGGUGAAAGACGUUAAUUUUUCAAGUUUCAAGGCUUAAUAGUGCUUGAGGUUGUUGAACUUGAUAGAUGUUUUUGACAGCAAAAACUUAAUGAAUGAGGGAAUCAUACUUGAGCAUCAUAGAGGCAUCUUUGAUGAGAGCAGAGAGCUAGAUCGUAUUUGAAUAUCAGAUAAAAACAAAAGCAACUUUCAUAAUCUCCAGAUAUCACUAUAUGGUCCCCUUUCUGCUCUGUACCUUUAACAGAACAGACUACAUAUUGUCACUACCAUCAAAAAUGAUGAGGACACAUUCAGAUCCUACUAAAUCAAGAUUAAGCUGAACUUUUAUUUAGUAUUUAAAAUACUGCACUUGAGUGUGCACAGACUAUGUUCCAGAGCUGAGGUUUAAAACGAUCAUCUCCUCACUUCUUUUCGUAACAACAAACAUAUGUAAAAACAGCCCCAAGCAAAGCAAACCUACACUAGUACAAAUACAAAGAAACACACUGGAAACACACUACAUAAAUGUCAAGAAUGGAUAAUUCACUGAGAAAAUGCUUACUCUGACAGAAACAGUCACUGACAUUUGCCCGUGAUCCAAAGCACAAUAUUUAUACUGUCAACCAAAGCAUGUUUUCACCCCAGUGCUCGACGCCCAGCAGCUGCUGCGCUUCAGGGAUGAAGGGGAGCUAAAGUCAACCAUGUUUGAUUUGCAUAACAGCAAAAGCAAGAACCAGGUUCUUUCUGCUCUGUCUAAAGCCACUCAAAAGAUCCUCUAAGUUAUAUUUACAAUACUUUUUUUGUUUUGGUAGUAAGAAGAGAGAAUUCCCAUUUUACCUGAUGUCAUAUUAUUUACCUCCUUCCCUCAUUACCUCAUCGUUAACUAUUAUAACCCUUUCUGUAAUUGUAUUCUAGUCACCUCUAACCUAACUGUGCUGGUAUUUCAGUCUAUGUCAGUGGAUACCAUGAGCUGUCCUAUACAUAAUGUGCGCUGAGGUGACGGUAUGCCAGGGGGUUAUAUUGGGCCUAGUUAUUAAUGAACCAUGCUAGCUGUGGCUGUGACGCAGAGGGAGCUGUUUCCACAUUACCUGGAAUUGUCUUUCUCACCUUUGACCCAGUCUUGGAGUUUACCAGCUGUAGAAUUUGCCCCAGGUUGAAGAGCAUCAGUCAGGAAAAAUCAGGGUCUGUGUGAUAUGGGGCAAAGUUAAGAGUGGUAUGUAUUAAAAAAAAAAAAAAAGCUUUACCACUUUAAUUAUGUCAAAAAAAGUAAUAAAAAACUGGUGGAGAUGGAAUAAGUGUAGACAAAAAAAUAUGUAUGUACCCACAUCAGUUAUGUUGCCUAGUUCAAGUUAACAUGUUAGCAAAGUAGUUACUUAGAAAAUGGUUUCAUAGUUUAAAAACAAAAAAUCAUAGUAUUGUUUGGUAAAAGUUUCAUAGUAUAGUGUAAUAAAAGUCAUAGUAUUGUAUGUUAAAAAAUGUCAGGGUACAGUAUAAUAAAAUAAAAGUCAUAGUAUUAUAUGGUACAAAAUGUCAUAGUAUAGUAUGAUAAAAAAAAAUGUCACAGUAUAAUAUGAUAAAAAUGUCAACGUACAGAAUAACGAAAUAUUAUAGUAUAGUAAAAUAAAAAGGUUUCAUAGAAUAAUAUGUUAAAAAAAAUCAUAAUAUUGCAUGGUAAAAAUUUCAUAUUAUAGUGUGAUAAAAGAUCAUAGUUUAGUAUGUUAAAAAAUGUCAUAGUAUAGGAUGACAAAAGUCUGUAGUUACUUAGAAGCCAAAAGAAAUCUGAUAAAAGUUUUCACUUUUUGAAUCAAUUGACCUCCUCUUAAUUCCCUCACAAAAAUAAAUAAAUAAAAUCACUGUAAUCACUCUCAUCGCUCUAACGAACCUGAAAGUCCAAGCUGAGGGCACACUAAACACACCGAGUUGCUCUGUCCCGGUUUCUUGGAGGAAGUGGAAAUGUCUGAGGUACUGUGUCCAACUAAUUUAACCGAUUUGUAGAUCUAAACUAUCACGGAUACUCGUUCGGCACAUGAAUAGUCAUCUGUGAUUUCUUUACCAAACCGUUUAAACAAGAAUAAAAGCAUUUAAAGUAUGCUACAUUACAAAAGUUAAAGGUAACUUUACAAUUGCACUAGCGAAGCAGCUGUUGAGAUUUGACACGAAUUCUCGACCUUCCUCCCGCGAGAGUUCCGCUUACUUCCGCGUUUCUGCCGUGUUUGGUAUGAAUUAAAUCCUUUCCAUUAUGUUGGUUUCAAUAGCGAGGCCUCUAGAUUGAGAACAUUAUUUUGGACUGUAAAUGAGAGUAUUAAAUAUGAUUCACAGCAGCCCUGGUGUAAGGUUGAGGAAGGGCAGCCGUGUAUUAGCCUUAGACAGAGACCUAAUUAGGAUAAUAGCAUUAGGUCAUAAUCUAAGACUAAAAAGACCACAGUCAAAUAAAGUGGUCUUAACGUAGACUUCUGUCAUUGACUCAUGAUUAUGUUAGUUUGUGGCUCUGUGAUUUGCUGAACAUAGUUGUGUUCACUUUGAUAAGCCAUGGCAAGUUUUUGUUGAAAGGAAAGCUGAAUAUGAUUAAAACAUAAAGACUUCACACAAGAGUGUUUUUAAUAGUGGUUACACCCAUUUCCCACAACUUACAAAGAAGCUUAUGAAUCAGUUGACUGAAUGCUCAAAAUCAAAAUGUGGAGACAAACAAGGCCCAAGAGUAAAGCAAAUAUCAGGUUCUUUAGGAUUAUGCAGGGUGUGUCAGAAUCUUAAUUAGCUGCAAUUAGUAAUAGACAACCUUGAGAUGCCUCAAUCAUUCAAAUAGGGUGUGAAAUGAUAGCAAAAUUAAAAAAAAACUCAAAACCUUGAAAGGGAAACAAGCCCCUUAAAAGUAAUUGUUGGAAGUUUGCUGUCGUGUACAUUUACCACAAAACUUUAGGAGCUCAGGAACUGUGCAAAAAUAAUAAGAGGAGGAGAGAUGUUGUAAAAACAGAGAGCAGGGAAAAUAUCUUUAAUUGCUUUAUUAACGUUUUAAGUUGUAAUGAUGUCUGUCAUGAAUGUGUGAGACAGUAUCACACCCCAUAUCAACCAUCACUUGAAUACAAGUAUACUGAAUCUCUUUCUAUUUGUUUUAAGUGUGUUAGAGUCCAUGAAACAUUUAGAUUUUCCUUAGUCAUUACAUCAGUUUUCAUUCAUCUGUGUCUUUUUCCUCUCUUCUUCCUUUAGCAGUCCAACGGGGUCGCAUUCCUCCAUCUCACUCAGGUAUCAGUCCAAACUCUGUGGCGGGGGGCAUUGGAGGACCAGUACCGGGUCACAUCGGGGCAGACUAUUUUAAUGGGCAGCCUGUGUCAGAACUCAUCUCCCAGCUCCUUCGAGCUGAGCCGUACCCCAACAGCCGCUAUGGGGCCCCGUACGGUCAGGCUCAGAUGCAGGGGUCUGCAAGUGGAGCUUCAGUCAUGGGCAUCGACAGCAUCUGUGAGCUGGCUGCUCGUCUCCUCUUCAGCACUGUGGAGUGGGCCAGAAACAUACCAUACUUCCCAGAACUCCCAGUAUCAGAGCAGGUGAGUAAAGCUGAACAGUAUUGUCUCAACGUGCUUAUACUAUGCAACGUUUUAAAUAAAGAUAAACUCUAAUUAUCAGGCUUAAACAUUAACUGUAUGUUGAAAUUGGUAUUAUCUGAUCUAUUGUACAUCCUGUUGAUUUCUGUAAAAGAAAGCGGGUACAUGUUAAAUGUAAUUAUGCAGAAUACACAAGUUCAAAUGUGAGCUGUUGAUUGUUUGGGAUUCAUCAGAGUUUGAAAUCCACAGGUGGCGCUGUUGAGGCUGAGCUGGAGCGAACUGUUCAUCCUGAAUGCAGCUCAGUCAGCUUUGCCUCUACACAUGGCUCCUCUGCUGGCAGCUGCUGGGUUCCACUCAUCGCCCAUGUCCGCUGAGCGAGUUGUGUCCUUUAUGGACCAGGUAAGGGUCUUCCAGGACCAGGUGGACAAGCUGAAUCGGCUGCAGGUGGACUCAGCGGAGUACAGCUGCCUCAAAGCCAUUGCACUCUUUUCACCUGGUGAGUUUAGAAGAUCUGUGUGAGUAUUUAAAAACAUUUGUGUGAAGACAGAUACCAUAUCAGUGUUUGUUUACAGUAGUUAUCACUAAGGAUCUUAAGGAUCUACCAUUAGCUUAUUACUUGCCUCUCCAUGUGUUGCCUCCAUAAUACAGCCAUAAUCAUAGCUUGAAACCCAUAUUUCCAUUAAGUACACAUAGUGAAACAUGAGUUUAGAAUUUGAGUAAAUAUUAUAUAUUUGUAGCCAAACCCUGGAACUGCAUGGUAGUACAGAAGAAGGUCCCUGGUUGAAAUCCUCAGCAGGGGAUUCUGUGUAGAGUUUGCAUGAAUACUUGGGCAUGCCUGGGUACUCUGGCUUCUUCCCCUCCUUGCCAAAUGACAGGGUCAGAGAGUUAACCUUGGUAACUGGUGACUUUCUGUCAGUUGAAUGUGACUCUUAGAGAUGCCUUUUUAGGGCCACGGGGCAAACGCACCGAGGCACUGUGAAAAAGCUUAGUGCCAAAGUUUUUCCUCAAAGGAAAAAAAGGAAGGAGACAUAGAGAAAGCAAGCAGUGGAAAAGGUUUUAAAACACUGAAUAAAUAAAUAUUAAUCAUCCUGUAUUUUCCUGCCUUACAGAUGCAUGCGGGCUAACUGACCCAGCCCAUGUAGAGUCCCUGCAGGAGAAGGCCCAGGUCGCCCUGACAGAGUACGAAAGGUUGCAGUAUCCGAAUCAGCCGCAGCGUUUUGGCCGCUUACUGCUGCGCCUUCCAGCUCUGCGCGCUGUGCCAGCAAACCUCAUCUCCCAGCUCUUCUUCAUGCGACUUGUGGGCAAGACACCCAUUGAGACACUCAUCCGUGACAUGCAGCUAUCAGGGAGCUCCAUCAGCUGGCCCUAUGUUCCCGGACAGUGAACCCUGCUGAGUCCAAAGUGAGACAGACAGAGAUCAGAUUGGGAGGAGACAGAGCUCACAUAAAGAUAUAUUAUACAACACAAAAUGAAUGUCAUGAAUACAAAACAGGAUCUCAAUUUAAAGAUAUGUGUGUGAGUGUAGGGUCAGUUUUUUUUCCCACAUAAAUUCUGUAAUGUGGUAGAAGUGGAACCAAAGCUGCUUUAAAGAGAACAAAAUAUGUAUUUGUCAUUAUAUUUAUGUUUGCAGCACUUGCCAGUUGUGCUCUGACCUCUGUCUGAUCUCUCUUUGUCUCAUUCUGGAGUAAAUCAGGGCUUCAGACUCAAAAAUGAGGCCAUGUGCCUGUACUACCUCCUCCCAUAUCACCCCAUAAUGUGACUCAGUUUGAACCCAGGCUCUGUGUGUUUUUUUUUUUUCUUUCUCUGCUUGAUUUUCCUUUGUUUUAACUCAUAAUCAAGCCAUAACAGUGCCACUGUUACAGGCAGCUUUGGAGCUUUACAUUUGACACCACACGGUCUGUGUUUCGCAGAUCAAACAUAGGUUGUGUCGUGUUUGAUAUGCGCUAUAAAUACCAGACUUUGUUACCAAAUGUGUUUGUGAAGACUGCAGAGUAUCACCUUUGACAGCAACAAAACAAAGAAGAGGCAUUGCCAUUGUAUUGUGCAGUGUAAUGUUUUUAGUACUGUGUGUUCUGGACAUAUUGUGUAUGUUACAAGGAAAUAGCUUAACAUUGUGGGAAAAAUACUUACCUACUUUCUCCUAUGUUCAGAUAAGAUCGAGUCCCAACUAAAACUAGCUGCAGAUUGGCCUGGAAUAGCCCCAAGAAGGGGACGUAUGGCUGGUUUGGAUCGCUCUACAUGUUACAAAACUCAGCAGCCAACACUUCCAUGUAUCACAACCACUUGCCCAGAAAAAAGCACUUGCUAGUUUUAAUGUUUUAUAACGCAAAAUUUACAAAUUAAGUAAAGUAUUUUAUUAAUUAAGUUGGAUUUUGUCCCCCUUUGAUACAAUCUAGUUGGCUGCUCCCAUUUGUUUUUGCUAUGCUAAACUAAUUUAAGCAAACUUCCUUCUGGUUUCAGCCUCUCUCAGAGGUUAAGUUCAUAUUUCCAAACUGUUCAGCUAUUUCUUUCAUGUAGUAUAUUAAACCGCAUUGUUCUCGUUGUCGUAAAGUGGAAGUGAAUGGGCUCAAACACAUCCUGGCUCUCACACAGUCACAUCCCCGUCAAACAUAAUUACCUCACAUUUUAUACAUCAGAAACAAAGAUUGUAAACUUGUGUGCUAAAGAGAAAAAUAAAGGGAUCAAGGUGUUUUUAUCACACUUACCAUUGACAGUUAUAUUCCCAUGUAGACCUGCAUGUUCACUUCGUUUUGUCUAAAGUUUAUUUUAAAAAUGUGAAAUGUAAAACUUGAUGUUAAAGCAUACCCUUUAAGUUUGACACGUCAUUCGUAGAAAGCUUCAGUCUGUGAAGGUAGAGGUAGCUCAUUUGAAUUGUUUUCAAGCAGCCCGUUAAAGCAUGGCCACAUGGACAGAGGUCGCUUUCAGAUAACGGUUGUUCUCAUGCGAGGUACUCCACGUGUUGAUGUGUUUUAAAGGUUACGGUGUUUGUUGGUACUGUGAUUAAGGUACUCAGCCGUCACAUAUUUGAGUGUUUUUGCCACUUACAGCAGCUCAAUGUGACAAAUGUUUUUUUUUUUCUUGCCAAAUUAAAUGACUGAAAGAAAAGACAAGUUUGGGAUCAAA